AUCGCGACGCUGGUAUCAUCGUCGUCGUCAUCGAAGAAGAAGGAGCCGAGCGGGCCAACUUCGAGUCUCGUGGAUUUUGACGAUGAGGACGUCGAGCGACACGAGACGAAAAAUCAAGUCGCGUGUCGUCGCCAUCUCCUAAAACCAAUGUCGAAAAAGUCGGGAAAUUCGAGGUGACGGUUGUUGGGAGCGUUUUAUCAUCGUUUACAAGUGCAAUUAAGCGCCACACGCAGUGAUUAUGUGGGAUAAUGUUUUAAUCGAAGCGAUGACUCCAGGCGAGGAGAAGACGACCACUAGGCCGCUCGUCGGGGGCGAUGAGGGCAGCAACAACCAUCACAUCAGCAUCAAAUAUGGGGGCAAGAGGAUGCACCGGGGUCCGGCCAAGCGGCGCGUCGGUUUCCGGCCGAGCAAGUACGCGCCCAUCUUCAAGUGGCUGCCCAAGUACAACAAGUACAAGGCCGUCUCGGACGUCAUUGCCGGUGUCACGAUCGGCCUGACCAUGAUACCCCAGAGCAUCGCCUACGCCACUCUCGCCGGCCUCUCCGCCCAAUAUGGACUGUACUCGUCCUUCCUCGGUGGCUUCCUGUACGCGAUCUUCGGCUCCGUCCGGGAAAUCUCGAUCGGCCCCACGUCCCUCAUGGCGCUGCUCACGGCUGAGUUCACAAGGGACAUGAACCCCGACUUUGUCAUCCUCCUCACCUUCCUCACGGGCUGCAUCGAGUUCAUCAUGGGCCUCUUGGACUUGGGGUUCCUGGUGGAUUUUAUAUCGCUACCGGUGACGUCAGGGUUCACGUCCGCCACCUCCGUCAUCAUCAUCGUGUCGCAGCUGAAGGGCCUGUUGGGCUUGAAAUUCCAGUCGGUCAAUUUGCUCGACCAGAUGAUCAAAAUUUGCUUGAACGUGAAGAAAAUCAAGCUCGGGGACACCGCGUUGGGUAUCUCGAGUCUUGUCGCUUUGCUGUGUCUCAGGAAAUUGAAGGACGUGAAAAUAAGCGCGGAUCGGCCCAUUGUGUCGAAGACGAUCUGGUUCCUUUCGGUAGGCCGGAACGCCCUCGUCGUCUUGAUUUGCUCGGCCAUUAGUUUCUAUCUGCACCAAGCCGGACAGACUCCAUUUGCGCUCUCAGGUACGGUAAGAUCGGGCCUUCCAAGCUUCGCCUUUCCAAAUUUCACGACAAUCGCGCACAACGAGACGUACGGCUUCUUCGACAUGUGCUCCCAACUGGGCUCGGGGAUAAUCGUCGUGCCCCUCGUAGCUGUUCUGGCCAACGUGGCGAUCGCAAAAGUCUUUGCUAGCGGCGCGGCGAUCAACGCCUCGCAGGAGAUGCGAACGCUGGGCCUGUGCAACCUGUUGGGCUGCUGCGUUAGCUCGAUGCCGACCUGCGGAGCCUUCACUCGUAGCGCCGUCAGCCGAGCCAGCAACAUUCAGACGCCCUUGGCCGGCGUUUACUCGGGUGUGAUGGCAAUAUUGGCCCUGAGCUUUUUGACGCCCUACUUCUACUACAUCCCGAAGCCCGUACUUUCGGCCGUACUUAUCAGCGCCGUGGUCUUCUUGAUCGAUUGGCAAAUCGUCGAGCAGCUCUGGCGGGGCAACAAGCGAGACGCGGUGGCGACGAUCGGUACCUUCGUCGUUUGUAUCGUGUUCAACGUGGAGGCCGGCCUGUUACUCGGCAUCGCUUCCAACAUACUCUACCUGCUCUACCUGUCAGCGAGACCAUCGAUCGGCGUGACCGAGUGUAGCGCGGACUCGGAGCACAGGUACCUGCUGAUCCAACCGGACGUGGGCUUGUUUUUCCCUGCGGUUGAUUUCUUGGCUAACAAGAUUGUCGAGAUCGCGGACGACCACGGACUCGGGAAAGUCCCCCUGGUCGUGGACUGCCAGAGGUUCAGGGGUGUCGACUACACGGCCGUGAAGGGAUUAGAAAAAUUAUCAAACGAUUUCAAAGAGAGGGACCAGUGCCUGUGGUUCGUCAACCUCAAUCCGAAGGUGACGAGGAGGUUCAGGGAGCUCGGAGACCUGAAGAACUUGAGAAUACUUGGCGACGAGGCAGAGAUCAUCGCACUGCUUUACGAACGUGAUACGGGAAAUAGCGUGAGUUUGCAGAUAAUUGGAGAGAGGAAGGAAAAGGAAAUUGGCGUGAAAAACGCGAUAACGAGCCCCGAAGUGGAAUCUCUCAUUGCCAAAGAAUGCAACGGUAGCCCCGAAGUUGGAAAAGUUGCUUGCUAGAGGACUCGUUGGAUCUCCUUCAUCCGUUGUGUAACGUCGAUUAAUUUUACGAAAUAGUAUUUACAUGUAGCUUUAUUUCAAUUUUUACAGUCAUCUAUAAAAAUAAAAUUCCUUACAAACUCUGUAUACAAAUCGUGGGUGUACGAUUGCGUGCUUCUACGCAUACGGUUUUACAUAUUUAUUAGUUUGAAGAAACGUUGUUCGUAAAAUUUAAAUUAUUUAAAGCCUUUUUUUAUCAAUAUACUGUAAGUAUUAGUACGAACAGCACAAAAAUGAAAGGUUGAUUAAUUUAUCGAUAAUACUUUUUUAAUCAAACGAUCAUAUUUUUGUACCUAUUGACGUGAUCUUGGCGUUAGAAUAUGACAACGACACGCGUGUGUUAUCUAAUUGUACUAAUUUUAAUCUAGACAGCUUUUGUCGACUAAAAGUAAAUUAGUAAAAAAUUUGAUAUGUCAUCAUUCGUGCAGUUGUGCAAGAUUAGGAUUGUAUGCUGCGUGUAUACGAAAAUAUCUUCUUUUUUUUUU